AUGGACAUCAUUCGUCCCAUUGAGCUGACUGCGUCCAAUGGUUACAGGUUCAUCAUUGUUGCAAUUGACUACUUCACUAAGUGGGUAAAAGCCACCUCUCGCAAAUCAGUCACAAAGAAGGUCGUGGAUGACUUCAUUCAAAGUAACAUCAUUUGCCAAUUCAAAAUUCCCGAAUCCAUUAUCAUUGACAAUAGUUCCAACCUCAAUAAUGACCUAAUGAAAGCCACAUAUGAGAAGUUCAAGAUCAAGCAUCGAAAUUCCACGGCAUACAGACCACAAAUAAAUGGAGUGGUGGAGGCCACAAAUAAGAAUAUCAAAAGGAUCAUGCGCAAGAUGAUUGAUAACAACCGACACUGGCAUAAAAAGCUACCCUUCGUAUUACUAGGGUACCGCACUACAAUCAUAAUAUCCACCGACACCAUGCCUUACUUUCUGGUUUAUGGCAAUAAAGCAGUGAUACCAGCCGAGGUCAAAACACCAUCUUUAAGAAUCAUCCAAGAAGCAGAAUUGAGUGACGCUGAAUGGAUACAAAGCAGAUUCGAGCAACUAGCACUCAUUGAUGGAAGAUGA